AUGCCAUCAAUGCCAGAUACAUGUGGACCUGAUCAAGGUUCCUCUAAUAGAACUAUAUGCAAUAAGCUCACCUUGGCCAUUCGUCGCAUGGGAGAUGGAUGUCAUCAGGCCUAUCGAGCCACCGGCAUCGAAUGGACAUCUAUUUAUCUUAGUAGCUAUCGACUACUUUACCAAAUGGGUGAAAGCAACUUCUCACAAUCGGUGACCAAGAAGGUUGUGGCAGACUUCAUCAAGAACAAUCUCAUAUGCCGCUUCGGCGUGCCCAAGUCCAUCAUUACAUAUAAUGGAGCCAAUCUGAACAACCAUCUGAUGAAAGACAUUUGCAAACAUUUCAAAAUAACUCACAGGAACUCAACUGUCUACAAGCCACAGAUGAAUGGAGCCCUGCCCUAUGCUUUGUUGGGAUACAGAACUACAACCCGGACAUCCACCGGAGAUACCCCUUACCUCCUUGUUUACGGUACAAAAGCGGUCAUACCCGCGGAAGUAGAAAUUCCCUCACUGAGGAUCAUUCAGGAAGCAGAAUUGAAUGAUGCAGAAUGGGUUAGAUAUCGCUAUGAGCAACUGGCCAUGAUAGAUGAAAAGAGAAUGGUAGCAGUAUGCCAUGGACAACUAUACAGACAGAGAAUAUCUCGUGCUUUCAACAAGCAGGUCAGAGCCCCACUCUUUCAAAUUGGACAACUCGUACUCAAGCGAGUCCUCCUUCAUCAAGAUGAAUACAAAGGCAAAUUUGCACCAAAUUGGCAAGGACCAUACAUGGCCCGAAAAGUGCUUUCGGGAGGAGCCGUAGUCCUAGCCGAGAUGGAUGGACAAGAAAGGCCCAAAGCUAUUAAUGCAGACGCGCUCAAGAGAUACUACGUCUAA